GGUUCGAGGUAGAACCUUUAACAACUAUACCAUAAGGCUUAGGAAGCCAUAAGAUAUAUUACAUCUAUUAUGAAGCCUAAUUGCAUAUACUGCACAUAUUUCAUUAUUUCGGGGAAGUCCAGCGACGUUGUCGCGUUGUAUUUAAACCUUUAAUCUUGACGAGUAGGUCGGUUAGUUUCCCCUUAGCAACACAUAUACGCGGAUACUAUUGCUUUGCUUCCAAAUUUUAUUUUCAGUUGCAAUGAACCGAAGCAAGUUUUUACUAAAACUGGCUAUGGAAAAUAAGUGUGCAGUUAUUAGUGAUGAAUCUAUAAAUGUUACCAUGGCAUCUGAUAGUCUGGUGCAAGUAAGUAUUCGUGCGAAUUAUUCCACGCCUACUUUUUUCCAUCCGUUUCCUUAAAGUAAUUUUUAUAUUGUGAGUAAAAUACAGAAAUUUAUUUGUAUUUUAAUAAAUUUGGGACAAACAGCAAUUUUUUACUUCAAAUUAGCAACUAGAACAUUAUUCUUGGGAUACCGCAGAUGUAGUAUCACCUGUUCCCACUAUGCCAGACAUACCUACACCAGAUCAGUUUAGCCUCAGCAGUAGUUCUUCAGAGAAUGACAACACAUCUAGAAACUCUGUGGCGUCGAUCAUACCUCCAACUGAUUUGGAUUUGAGCGAGAUAAGUUUAAAAGAAUUUAACUCACACAUAUCUUCAAAAUAUACCAAAACUUGGAAUUCCUAUUCAAAUAACGCAUAUAAUAGACUCCAAAAAAUCACCUCCCGUGCUAAAGAAAAGGGACAUAAGUGAUGACGAUAUGCAAUGCAGUGAUUUUGAAGAUUCUGGUUCAGAAUAUAGACCAUCACCUAGUGCUAGCGGAUCUACAGAAUCAUUUGUAUCUGUUAACAGAAAUCGUUCGUGCGACCAAGUAAAGUGUUAUGAAGGAAAAGUAAAUAACUCCGUAAAAUCACCAGAUAUAUUAAUACCAAUAGACCAACAAAAUAAUCAGCCAAUAACUAAAGAGAUUUCACAAAAAAUACCGAACAAUUAUGACAUUCUACAUCCACCGGACAUUUUUCAGGAUGAUAACCAGCGUUAUGUUAAGAAAUCUUCCGCCCGAGAAAGACCUACCAUUUGUCCAAUUUGCUUCAACGACGUGAUAACGCAUUUCACGAGACACCUUUUAAGAUAUCACGGAGACCACAAAGACGUGAUGGUGAUUAAAAAUCUUACACCACGUAGUAAGGAGCGGUUAGGUAUGAUUAAUGCUUUGAGAAAGCAAGGAUACUUUCAUCUCAAGGUCGAAAAAAAUAUUCUAAAUCCAAUAAGAAGUUCGAAAUUACCCGAUACACAGUAUUUUCUGUGUUCUUAUUGCUUGGGGCAUUAUUCUAAAAAGUUAUUACAUAAACAUAUCAAGAAAUGUAAGAAUAAACCUGCUGAUAUCAUUAACCCUGGAAAGAAUUGCCUUAGUAAAUCCCAAACAUUUCAAGCAUCAGUUUCAUUAAAAAAUCAUGAUUUCUUACGAAAGCUUCGCAUUAAAUCCGAAGUCUUUGACAUCAUGAGAGCCGACGAAAUAAGUGCUACUGCUAAAAGUGAUCCCCUCACCUGUUUAUUCGGAGAAACACUUUUAGCUAAACAUAAGCGACAACAAAUUGCUAACAUUGUGUCGAACAGAAUGCGAGAAAUGGCUAGGAUGCUUAUGGUUAUUAAAACUCUGGAAGAAGGGAUUCGCUCCUUUUUUGACGUUCUUAAACCUGAAAUGUUCUAAACCCUUAUUUUUGCGGUUAAGGACAUCAGUGGCUAUGACGUAGUAAAGAAAGAGUUUAGAGCCCCAUCAUUGGCGUUACAUAUGGGUACGAACAUAAAAAUCAUGUGCGAUGUUGCUUACACAAUAGUAUUAGAAAAAAGAAU